UUGGGAGUCGCCCCCCAGUAGCAAUCAUCUUGACGUAAACUCCACCACCACCCUUAUUUUCGGGCUAAUAGCUAUCGUCCCGUUUUGUUACCAUUCACCCGCCCGCCAUCGUACCUCUCGGCUCCGUAAAAUUUCGCCAAUCUUAAUUCGCCAAUUUCACAGCCAUGCCUCGGUACACGACGUCGCAGACCUUCACGGACGGCAACACGCAAAUAGUCGCGUUGCCCGACAUCGUCGAGCAGAAGCGCGAGGAUCCCAAGGGUGACGUGGAGGAGGAGCCGUACGAGGUGAAGCUUCAGCGCAUCUCAGAGUGCGUGCCGCUGCGCAUCACCAGCACCAGCGGAAGCUCCGCGGGCAGCGGAAGCGGAGACUUUCACCAGUACCGUGCCAUGCGGCGGCAUGAGCAGGACCGGCUGAUGCGAAUGGAGGCAGACUACAACAAGCGCAUGGAGGAGAGGCGCUUCCAACAACGCAGGGAAGAGCGGCUGAAGGAAGCAGAGGAGCGAACAGCAAAGAAGCGAGCGAAACGGCAAAAGAAGAAAGAGAAGCGGAAGAAGCAGAAAACAGAGGGAGCAGGGGAUGGUAGUUUGCCGAGUGUGGCUGAGGGGCAGAAAGAGGGGCUAGUGUCAAGCGAUGAGGAUGUCGAGGAGGCUGCGGCUGCCCCAUCUGCCCAGGCAGCGCUUGAUUGACAAGUAGCACUGUACAUUGCUGGAUGUACUUUACAUUGUGAAGGUGCCGUCCUAUGUUCAAGACGUCAGAAGGCAUUGUUCAGUGUUUUUCUCCAUGUUGGGAGGUUACUGAGUAGUAACAUACAGGUACGUUGCAUCAAAUUGGGCUUUACCUUGGCGUUUUCAGUUCACUCCCCACUUCAGUUCUCCUUGGUUGUUUUAGAAAUAAUGGUUUCCUUCUAGG